UCAGACAUAUUGAAUUUUAUACUGGUCAGAAUGGCGUUUUCACAAUCUUUAAAACGUGGACAAGCUCCUGCUACAUGUAAUUUUUGUGAAGAAGAAACCAAGAUAAAAUGGAAAUGCAUUAAUUGUGACGUUCUAAUGUGUGAUAAAUGCAAGGACAAAAUUCAUUCUAAAUUAAAAAAUAGUAAAGAUCACAAUGUUAUAGAUAUAAAAGAGGUAGGAAUUCAUCGUGGCGAACUGGAUUUUAGCGAUUUGAAAUGCAUGGAACACACAGGACAGUCUGCCGUUAUGUUUUGUACGUCGUGCGAUAGGCUUGUGUGCACAUCAUGCAUUUCUAAAUUUCACAAUGGCCAUGGGUUAGUCGAAAUAGCCGAAGGUUGUAAGAGCAAAGUUGAAAAAAUAAAAAAUGAACAAACCAAAGCAAAAGAAAAAAUCAUGGAGCUGACCAGAGAGAUAGGAACAAUAAGUUUAGUUGAUAUGAAAGACAGUGAACGAUACAAAGAUUUAAUAAUAAAAAUCGAUGCUCAAAAUAUCGAAAUAAAAAGAUUAUCUGACAAACAUGCAGAAAAAUUAAAAAGUGAAUUGAAAAAAAAAUGGACAGACUUUCAGGAGGAAAAAAUCAGCAAAGCCCAGAAGACCGUGGAUAACUUAACAAAACUUAGUUCAAAUGCGGAAGAUAUUAUUCAAUCUAACAACGCCGAAAAAAUAUUUAUUGAAUGUGAAAAGUUGUCCACGGCCGUCAGUAUAGCAGCUAUCGAUCCCGGUACCAUAUCAUUUCUCCCGGGACAAAUAUCACCAUAUAACGUGGGAUCGUUACAGGUUGUGUCUAAUGCCGUCAACGUACGUAUCGUUAAACAAUUCCAAACUGACAUUUCUAGUGUACUUUAUCUAUCGUUAUGUCCCGACAAUUCUCUGUGGAUAAGUGAUCAAAAAGUGUUACAGAAAGUAAAACCAGUAGAACAUAAACUGACAGUAGAAUCUAUAUUUAACAUUAAAGUCUACGGAAUGGCGGUUACUCCGACUGGUGACCUACUUCUGGCAUCGAGUGAAUCAGUACUGAAACAAGUCAGUGGUAAAACACGAGAACUUACUGAUUCUUUUUAUGAGGUGGAUCCGUUAGUUUAUACUGCCGUACAUUUGACCAGAGAUGGUAAAGUCAUAGUGGGAAUCAAGAGUAGAGGAAAAGCAUGGCCGGUAACGGGCAGACGAGCUAUCAUUGUGAUGAACCAGAAAGGAGAACAUGAAACUAUCUAUGAACUUGACAAGAACAACAUUCGGAUAUUUACAUAUGUUGAGAGUAUAACCAGUACAGAUAACGGGAAUAUCUGUGUAGUGGAUAAGUUAUCCGAGGAUUUUAGAGGUAGAGUUGUGGUGCUUAAUAGAGACGGAGAUAUCCUACAGAUCUACACAGGUCAUCAUGAGAUCAAUAAUGAGAAGAAGCCGUUCAAACCAGUGAAGAUUGUUACUACACCGUCUGACAAUAUUAUUGUGACAGAAUUAAGCAUUUAUAUAUUUCACAUACUGAAUAACUGUGGUCAUUUGAUCACACAUUAUAACAUGGGCGACUUAGGAGUAGUAAUGCCGUUUUCCCUUUGCUUCACAAGAACUGCGGGACAAUUGUAUAUUGGAUGUACGAGAGGAAAAGGAAGUGUGGAAAAGUCAAAGUUAUAUGAAGUGCAUAUUUCUGGUUGUUAGACAAACAAUUAAUGGACUUUACUUUUAUUUUGUAUGAAUUUUAUUGUUGUCAUUUAACUUGAA